AAUGGAACAAAAAUGUGAUCAGGUUUGAGUGGAUUCAAAAUUUUACCAGUUUGUUUUUGGUUGUUCUGAAGCCCUGGAUACUUGGAAAAAUCCAUCACCCGGGCGUGGAUUUGUCUGAGUCCUUGUGUUUUGGAUAGCUAAUUCUGUUUUGUUUGUAUAAGAGUAUCACUACCUGAUCAUGGAUGAUGGAUACUUCUAUGAAAUGGAGCAGCAUUCGAGAAAUGCUUCGCCGGGAGGAGUUUCUCGCAGGCGACACCAUACAACCCCUGUAAGAUAUCAGCCUGAAUCUUCUUCAUUCUCCACUGCAAGGCCACAGCACAGCAGGUUGCGGCCCCGAAUCCCAGCUCCAACCUCCCCUUUCGCGGCAAAUGAUGACAGGUCGUGGCAAGGAGAGGUGUCUUGGCAAUUUGAGCCGAGUGGAUGGCGUGAAAAUCACAACAAUCUUAGUGCAGCACUCAGUCCGUGGGCGGCUGCCAGCGCGGCGUCUUCGCCAUUUGGCCAAAGCAGAAUUUUCAGGAGAUCGGCGAAUGACUACUAUAAUCGGGGUACUAAUAAUGGUGGAGGUUACUCACGCAGCUUUGUUAAUCAGUCCUACGAUGCAAUGCCCGGCCCAUCAUCAUCCCGUAGGAGGCGGCUUGAGCUCCAGAGUUUUGCAGCCAGUGAAAAUAUUGAUAAUGGUGAUUCCAGCUUUAUUCCCGGGGUCGUCCAGGCUGGUGGAAAUAAAAAGAGCCCUGUGAAACACAACACACCCUUGUCUGACAAGGAUGAGCUCAAUGCUUAUGAUGCUGGAGGAGAACGUGACAAUGAGUUUACGUCUCAUCAUACUCCUCAUAGGCCUAAUUUAUUAGAUGAUCACCACAGAGGAAAUUAUUAUGAUCAAUUUCAUGAUAAUUUUGACAUUAGCCAUCACCUCAACCUGGGGCUGUUUGGUCUAUUCAAAUACUCAACCAAAUUCGACCUAAUUCUCGUGUUUUUCGGUUGUCUGGGAUCGUUCAUUAACGGUGGCUCUCUUCCUUGGUAUUCGUUGCUGUUUGGGAAGUUUGUAAACAAGAUAGCUAGGGAAUCAGCUAUUGACAAACACAAGAUGAUGAAGCAAGUGGAUGAGAUUUGUGUGCUUAUGACUGGAUUAGCAGCCAUAGUGGUGAUUGGAGCAUAUAUGGAAAUCGCUUGCUGGAGAAUGGUUGGGGAAAGAUCGGCUCACAGGAUAAGAACUCGGUAUCUUAGAGCAGUUCUGCGACAGGACAUUGGCUUUUUUGAUACAGCCAUCAGUACUAGUGACAUUAUGCAUGGAAUUUCAAGUGAUGUAGCACAAAUCCAGGAAGUGAUGGGAGAAAAGAUGGCACAUUUUGUCCAUCACAUAUUCACAUUCAUCUGUGGCUACAUUGUUGGUUUCUGGAAAUCAUGGAAAAUUUCGCUGGCGAUUUUUGCAGUCACACCUUUGACUAUGUUUUGCGGCAUUUCUUACAAGGCAAUAUAUGGUGGUUUAGCGGCAAAGGAAGAGGAAUCUUACCGGAAAGCAGGCAGCAUUGCAGAGCAAACCAUAUCAUCUAUAAGAACGGUAUUUUCAUUUGUUGCCGAGGACAUUUUAGCUGGAAAGUAUGCUGAGUUACUGGAAAUGUCAGUUCCACUAGGAAGAAAGAUUGGCUUUGCCAAAGGUGCCGGUAUUGGAGUUAUUUAUUUGGUUACCUAUGCGACUUGGGCAUUGGCUUUCUGGUAUGGGUCGCUCUUAGUUGUGAAAAAGGAGAUCUCAGGAGGUGCAGCUAUUGCUUGUUUCUUUGGUGUUACUGUUGGAGGAAGGGGCUUGGCUUUGUCAUUAUCAUACUUUGCUCAGUUUGCACAAGGAACCGUAGCAGCCACAAGAGUAUUCGAAAUUAUAGACAGAGUUCCGGAUAUCGAUCCUUACAAUGUAGAGGGUAAACGGCUGUCAAACAUAAGAGGCAGGAUAGAGUUCAAGAGCGUGAACUUUGCUUACCCUUCUCGUCCAACAAUCAGAAUUCUCCAAUCCCUGCACUUAGUACUUCCAGCCUCAAAGACUUCUGCAUUAGUUGGUACUAGUGGAGGUGGCAAGUCCACGAUUUUCGCUCUUAUAGAGAGAUUCUACGAUCCCAUAGAAGGGUCAGUUAGUCUAGAUGGUCAUGAUUUAAGAACAUUGCAAGUUCAAUGGUUAAGAAGUCAGAUUGGUAUGGUCGGUCAGGAGCCUGUUCUGUUCUCGACUUCCAUAAUUGAAAAUGUGAUGAUGGGGAAAGAGAAUGCCACCAAGAAAGAGGCAAUCAAAGCUUGCAUUGCUGCAAAUGCUCACGGCUUCAUUUCAGAACUUCCACAGGGUUCUGUUGUUGAAACCGGUAAUCAUAAUGAGCUAAUGGGGAAAUCUGGAACUUAUUAUAGCCUAGUGAAGCUUUCUGCAGAACCAGUCUCAUCAAAACCAUUUCAAGAUAAUCAAUAUGUUGAAGCAUCAAUUUCAGCUGGUAGACAGAAAAGAGAGCAAAAUGCUUAUGAAAUGUCAAGAUCAAAGUACAUGAUGUCAAUUCAAGAUGAGGGCCGAGUUGAAGAGGAGGUAAGAGAAGAAGAACAGUCAAAGGCGAGGAAUUAUAAACUCUCAGAAGUAUGGAAACUGCAGAAACCUGAACUCUUUAUGCUGUUUUUCGGGUUUAUCAUGGGAAUUCUUGCAGGUGCAGUACUCUCUAUCUUUCCUUUAAUUUUAGGCCAAGCCUUGAAUGUCUACUUUAAUUCGGACAAUCAUAUACUGAAAAGGGAGGUGGGGAAACUCUGUCUGAUACUUGUUGGACUUGGAUGCGGGUGCAUAGUCUUCAUGACCGGCCAACAAGGAUUUUGUGGUUGGGCGGGUACCAAGCUCACCAUGCGAGUCCGGGACUUCUUGUUCCAGGCUAUACUAAAACAAGAACCGGGCUGGUUUGACAUUGACGAGAACAACUCGGGGAUACUUGUGUCCAGGCUCUCAAUUGAUUGUAUUAGUUUCAGAUCAGUGUUGGGUGAUAGAUUGUCAGUUAUGUUAAUGGGGUUGAGUUCUGCUGCUGUUGGCCUUGGGAUUUCGUUUUAUCUUGAUUGGCGACUGACCCUCUUGGCUGCAGCGCUCACACCAUUCACACUUGGCGCGAGCUAUUUCAGUCUGAUCAUUAACAUUGGACCGAAACUAGACAACAGUUCUUAUGCAAAAGCGAGUAACAUUGCUGCAGGCGCAAUUUCCAACAUAAGAACUGUGGCCACAUUCUCAGCGCACGAGCGUAUUGUUCAAUCUUUUGAUCAAGCUUUAUCUGAGCCGAAGAAGAUAUCAGGCAGAAGAACACAAAUUCUCGGCUUAGCUUUAGGAUUCUCUCAAGGUGCAAUGUAUGGGGCUUAUACCUUAACUCUAUGGUUUGGUGCUUAUCUUGUGAAACAAGACUAUGUCGACAACUUUGGGGUGGUCUAUAAAAUCUUUCUGAUACUUGUCUUGAGCUCAUUUUCUGUGGGACAACUUGCUGGACUUGCUCCUGACACUUCCAUGGCCUCGACUGCAAUUCCUGCUGUUUUGGAUAUACUGAACCGUAAGCCCCUCAUAGAACAUGACAAAAACAAGAGAGGCAAGAAGAUAGAGAAAUCAAAACCAUUUGAGAUCGAGUUUAAAACAGUGGGAGAUAGCGGGGUGCAACUGUCCGGUGGCCAGAAGCAAAGAAUUGCGAUAGCCAGAGCUAUAUUAAAGAAGUCGAAGGUUCUACUACUUGAUGAAGCAAGCAGCGCUCUUGACUUGGAAUCAGAGAAACAUGUCCAGGCAGCACUAAAAAGAAUCGCCAAAAGAGCAACCACAGUCGUCGUGGCUCAUCGCCUUUCUACAAUCCGCGAAGCAGAUGCCAUUGCGGUUGUCAAAAAUGGCGCAGUGGUAGAGUAUGGAAGCCAUGACAAUCUUAUGGCUUCCCACCUUGAUGGUGCAUAUGCUAGUCUUGUUCGGGCAGAAAUGGAAGCCACGGCAUUCGCAUGA